GACGUCACCUCACUAGAAUCCACUGCAAGGAGCGACAUGACACACACUGAUAGAGCAACACCUGGAUAUCUAUCCACAUGAGGCAUCUUUGGUGGCUCUCACUAUAUCGUCUGCGGCAUCCGUUGGGCUUGUUCUAUAUAUAGUAGCUAUCCAUACCCAGAAGUCUCAUCUUGGAGAACAAUACUGAAGACACUUCGACGUGCUGUAGCAACGCAUAGAUCAUCAACAUUCUAUUCGUCACAGAGCCCACCUCUGCCUAUUGAUACAUAUAUACCCCUGUAUGACCCUCGCCAGCUGCAGCAAGCCUUGUAUGUCUCGAAUAUCCCGGGACCUGGCUAGCAGUCCACACAAUGUCCAGAUCAACGGUUCAGUUUCAUCCAAUAUGCAAUCCCUCCGCCACGCAAGCACACUCUCCUCACUCAAGAUGCCGCACGUCGCGGUCAUUGGCGCUGGCAUCGCAGGUCUCCGAUGCUCAGACGUCCUGGCCCGCAGCGGAUGCAAGGUGACGCUGCUCGAAGCUCGCAACCGCAUAGGAGGGAGAGUCCAUCAGGAGGAAACUGGCGGGCACUUGGUAGAUUUGGGCGCGAAUUGGAUUCACGGGACGAAAGGGAAUCCCAUAAUGAGCCUCGCCGAAAAGACGGGGACGAAAGUCCUGGAUCCCGAAGAGGGCGGCGCCCUCUACGACGCAUCCGGGAAACGGCGCACCGACACCGAAGCUGUACAAUUGUCCGGCAAAAUUUGGGAAAUGGUCGUCGAUGCAUUCAAGUAUUCAGACGAGCAUUCAGCCACGAUCGACUCUCGCAUAAGUCUGUACGAGUACUUCCAGGAGAAGCUCAGCAAAGCCGGCAACGAUAAGCAGGAAUGCAACGACCUCCUGCACGAAGCGCAGAUGUGGGGACCCUUCGUCGGCGACCCUGUCGAGAAACAAAGUCUCAAAUUCUUCUUUCUGGAAGAGUGUAUCGAGGGCGAGAACGUAUUCGUUGCAAGUACCUACAAGAACAUACUUAACCAUAUCGGCAAGACGGUCACCGCGACGGAUAAAGUCGACUUACACCUCGAUACCGAAGUCGUACAUUUUGAUACCACAGCUGCCGGUGGUGUGACCGUCACCACCUCGACAGGGCAGAAAUCAACAUUCGACCAAGUCGUCAUCACAUGUCCUCUAGGCUGGCUGAAGCGCAAUCACAGCGCAUCCUUUACGCCGGCGCUCCCACCCAGAUUGUCCGAUGCCAUAGAGAAUGUCAACUAUGGCCGCCUGGAGAAGCUCUACGUAACAUUCCCUUCGGCAUUCUGGCUGCGAGCCGUAGACAAGAGCAACAGUGAAGACAAAGAGAACUUCCCUGUUUUCACACACUUCCACGACCCAUCGUAUAUCGACCACCCCAAGACCGAAGCAUGGAAUCAAUCCGUCGUCUCGCUAGCACACCUCCCCUCCCCGUGCGCUCACCCGACAUUACUCUUCUACAUCUACGGGCCCUGCGCUACGCACGCUGUCAAUCUUGUCAAGGACCUCGACCCGCACUCCGAGCGAUAUAACGCUGUAUUGCGCGUCUUCGCCGAACCUUUCUACUCCCGUCUUCCCACGUACUCAUCCUCCGAUCCAGCAUGUACACCGACAUCGUUCUUGAUGACGCAGUGGCAAAACGACCGCUUCGCAGGCAAUGGCAGUUACUGCAACUUUCAGGUCGGAUUGGAGCGAGGCGACGAGGACAUCCAAGUCAUGCGCGCUGCCGAUGGGCUUACAGAGCGCGGAAUAUGGUUGGCGGGCGAGCAUACGGCGCCUUUCAUCGCCCUGGGGACCACGACGGGCGCAUGGUGGAGUGGCGAGGGUGUUGCGAGACGGAUAUGUAAUGUUUACGGGAUCAAAGUCCCUGAAGAUGUGGCUUUGUCUAUGCCUGAGGACAGCGAGGAAGACGGGCUAAAGAAAGAUCUGGAUGGGAAGAAAGCUGAUGCGGCAAACAUGAAUGGUUUGGCUAUCUAGAUCUGCCCCCGAGUAUGCCUGGUGAUGAUCUAGACCUAGAUAAACGAUCUCCACCGGUGUCAUCAGCUCAUGAAAGCCCAUCUGCAUAGUGUUUAGUCACUCUGAAGUGCUCCAUGCUUCAGCCCGCUGCAGACUUUGGCCAUUGUGCGUUGUGUGUAUGAGGUGACCUCUUGCCUGCAUCGGGCUGGUCUGAUGUAACAACACUUGCAAGUGCGCUGCUUCUUCUCAAUGCUCUCUGUCCCAUUCGAAAAGACGCAGCAGCAUGAUGACCGUGUAAGGCCCCUAUUAGAAAUCGGUCCAAUCGUGUCGAGU